CCAGCAAGUGCCGAUCCCGGAGCAGCCGUGUGAGAAGCCAACAUGAGCGAGCGACAAGGUGCUGGGGCCACCAAUGGAAAAGACAAGACGUCUGGUGAAAACGAUGGGCAGAAGAAAGUGCAGGAAGAGUUCGACAUUGACAUGGAUGCUCCAGAGACAGAACGGGCGGCCGUGGCCAUUCAGUCCCAGUUCAGAAAAUUCCAGAAGAAAAAGGCUGGCUCCCAGUCCUAGGGCGGACACCCUGCUUUGCCACCCGCCGCAAGACGCCGAACUCCGCCAUCAUCUGUCAAGCAACUAAGACACCCCUGAGAGAACACCUGCC